AUGCAUCUAUCUAUCUAUCUAUCUAUCUAUCUAUCUAUCUAUCUAUCUAUCGAUUUCGGUAUGCUCUUAUGUAUGUAUGUAUGUAUCUAUCUAUCUAUCUAUCUAUCUGUCUGUCUGUCUAUCGUAUUCUGUUUCUUUAUUUUUUAUCUAUCUAUCUAUCUAACUAUCUAUCUAUCUAUGUCUACAACUAACUCUUCAUAUAUUUCACACACUUUCUCUAACGUAGUAUCUAUCUAUCUAUCUAUCUGUCUGUCUGUCUAUCGUAUUCUGUUUCUUUAUUUUUCUAUCUAUCUAUCUAUCUAUCUAUCUAUCUAUCGAAUAUCUAUCUAUCUAUGUAUCUAUCUGUCUGUCUGUCUGUCUGUCGUAUUCUGUUUCUUUAUUUUUCUAUCUAUCUAUCUAUCUAUCUAUCUAUCUAUCUAUCUAUCUAUCGACUAUCUAUCUAUCUAUCUGUCUAUCUGUCUGUCUGUCUGUCGUAUUCUGUUUCUUUAUCUAUCUAUCUAUCUAUCUAUCUAUCUAUCUAUCUAUCUAUCGAACGUAGUAUCUAUCUAUCUAUCUAUCUAUCUAUCUAUCUAUCUAUCUAUCUAUCUAUCUAUCUAUCUAUCUAUCUAUCUAUCUAUCUAUCUAAUACAACUCAACGUUCAUCUGUGUGUCUUUGACUAUCUGCCUGCUUGCACUUUUAUCUAUCUAUCUAUCUAUCUAUCUAUCUAUCUAUCUAUCUAUCUAUCUAUCUAUCGCAUUGAAUUAAUGUCUUAUGCUACUAAUUUAAUUCGACAUGAUUACGUCAUUUAA